GUAGGUGUGAAACGGAGUUAGCUUAAAGAGAGUUAAAAGUAGAGAAAAGAAAGCAUAAGCCAUUAUUCAUUCAUUCACCAAACUCACCAAUUCUCUGAAAGCUGUUUUAGCUUCUUCAAAGGCACAUCUUCCAAGUGAUUUCCUAAAUAAAUACUCAUCCACUUUCCCCCUCUCUUCCCUUUCCUUUCUUCAAUCUCAAAUCUCUCAAUAAUCCUUUCCACCAAUCUUUCCGCCAUGUCCAUGGACCUUGAAUUCCCCAAAAAUCUCCCCAAAAUCCGCCUCCCUUUACAGGUCCGAUCCCCUCCCAAACCCUCUCUUUCCGACAACAUACCAUCAUCCGCCUCCGAUCGCGACUCCGACCUCGACCGCCGCUCCUGCCGGACACCCACCUCCGCCGAGCACAAGAUUCCCAAGAUCCUCAGCUGUCCUGGCGCUCCCAAGAAGCCUAAACGCCCGCCGGUCCCUUGCAAGAGGAAGUUGACCAUGGAGCUCAAAUUCUUCGAGAUCGUCAAUCAAGAAGAAGUCGAUAAUUUCUUCCGAUCCGCUUACGAUCUUGAAGCUUCUUCCACAGCGCCGCCCAAGAGGACCUGCUGCCGGUCAACCUGAUCAAUAAGCCAGAUUGCCGGUUUGAGCCCUAAAUUACUACACCGAUUAUAGAAAAUCAAUUCUUCUUUAAUUCUUUCUUUCCUCUUUCUUUUUUCUUCUUUUCCUCUCCCAUAGCGAGUCUCAGCUCUUUGAUGUGUAUUAUUAUUACACGUACAUACACAUGGAACCGAAUCGAAUCGAAUCGAAUCGAAUGCGAAGUCCUCUUAAUUGCAUAAUCAGAGAUAGAUAAUCGUAUUAGGAUUAUCAACAAAACCAACCGAUUAGAAACAAAAUUAUGCACAUAUGUUUCCGAAAUUUCUCAACGAUUUCCUGAAAUUCGUUCUUUAAUCGCUUCACCUGCGGAUUUCUUUCUCUGUUGUCGAUCUGAAAUAUUCCCAAAUCGAAAACUCUUGGAAAACCCUAACUAUUUCGUUGUACUGUUGGCUUGAAUACGAUCUAUGGCUGCAAUAAUUGGGUCUAGAGUUCAUGAAUUUCGAUGGUGAUUAGUGAAAAUUAUACGAUUCUGUUGAUGAUUUCUUCAA